GGUUAGCUUACUGCGCUUCGCAGUAGCUCAUAGAUGUAAGCUGAAAGUCAGGCUUUCUCAGCUCAUUUAUCUGACAACAAAGAGAAGAAUAAAAACCACAGUUCAACCCGGAACCAUGGAUUACUGGAGUGCCUUGGAGGUGUAUAAGGAGAUGCUGCUGCUGUACCUGGAGGAAGGCCGGAGGCAGAUUAACUCGCACUGCUCCCACCUGGAGCCGUGGCAAAUCAUCGGAGCAUCUGUCCUCACCACGCUGGGACUUCUCUGGCUCAAAGGAUUCCUCUUCCAACAAGAAAGUCUCACAUCCCGAAUUAAGAAGCAGUGCUUUCGACUCAUCAGGAAAAUACCCUUUGUUGGCGACAGUAUUCAGAGGCAGCUGAACAAGGCUCUGGAUGACAUGUCUCAAAGUCUGUGCACUCUGAAGGAAGGGAUGAGCUACACCACAAAGCUGCCCCCUAAAGGUCUAAGUCAGAGCCAAGUAAUGGAGAAAAUCAAAGAGUAUGAAACCCUCAAUGAGGUGCAGUGGGAGAAAGGCUGCGUCUCUGGUGCAGUGUACUGGGGUGAUGAGACGCUGACCAAACUCCUAGUGAAGGUGUACGGAGACUUUGCUUGGAGCAACCCCCUUCACCCGGACAUCUUUCCUGGCGUCAGGAAGAUGGAGGCUGAGGUUGUCCGGAUGUCUUGCACCCUGUUCCGUGGAGGACCGAACUCCUGUGGAACGGUCACUUCAGGAGGAACUGAGAGCAUUCUGAUGGCCUGUAAAGCGUACAGAGACAUGGCACACGAGCGCGGUGUGAAGUACCCUGAAAUUCUGGCGCCGGUGAGCGUCCAUGCCGCUUUCGACAAAGCGGCCCAUUACUUUGGGAUGAAGCUUGUCCACAUUCCUCUCGACCAGAAAACCAUGAAGGUGGACGUGAAGGCAAUGAAGAGAGCCAUCAGCAGAAACACAGCCAUGUUGGUCUGCUCGGCGCCCCAGUUUCCGCAUGGUAUCAUGGAUCCCGUUGAAGAAGUAGCCAAGCUGGCUGUCCGCUACAACAUCCCGCUGCAUGUGGAUGCCUGCCUGGGUGGAUUUCUCAUUGUUUUCAUGGAAAAGGCUGGUUACUCACUCGCCCCAUUUGACUUCAGAGUGAAAGGCGUAACCAGCAUCUCUGCAGACACCCACAAGUAUGGCUACGCCCCCAAAGGCUCCUCAGUGAUUCUCUACAGCGAUAAAAAGUACCGUCAGUACCAGUACUUUGUGGCUCCAGACUGGCAGGGGGGGAUCUACGCCUCCCCCUCUGUAGCGGGUUCCAGGCCAGGAGGAAUCAUCGCCGCCUGCUGGGCGACCAUGAUGUACAUGGGGGAGAGCGGAUACGUGGACGCCACGAGGAAGAUCAUCAGCACGGCUCGCAAGAUCAGAAAUGAGAUCAAGAAAAUUAAAGGAGUGUUUGUGUUCGGGAACCCGGAGGUGUCCGUGGUGGCCAUCGGCUCCGACGUGUUUGACAUUUUCCGCCUUUCAAAUGCGCUGACGUCAAAGGGCUGGAACCUGAACACACUGCAGUACCCGUCCAGCAUCCACAUUUGUUGCACGGUGCUGCACACCCAGCCUGGGGUGGCUGAUCGGUUUAUUCGUGAAGUCAAAGAACAGGUUGCCAUCAUCAUGAAGAACCCCAAAGAGAAAACCACAGGAAUGGGAGCCAUCUACGGCAUGGCCCAGUCCAUCCCGGACAGAUCCAUGGUGACGGAGAUCUCCCGGGGUUUCUUGGACUGUCUCUACAGCACCGAGGUACCGAAAUCCGACGUCUGCCACAUGAACGGCAACGGCAAAGCCCACUAAAGUUUAAGGAGAAAGGACUGGACGGCACAAACACCCUCCAACUUAAAGCGCUCAACGGUUGCCUUAUCCUGCAUAUUAAACUGCACUGAAAACAUCUGCAGAGCUUUCAGAAGAACAAGCCAUCAUCGUCUAGAUCAACCCAGAGGGAAACUGCUCCCUGCAGUCGCUGGGGAGGAACUGACUGGGUCCACCGAAACCUGAGACUUGAUUUUAACCCCACGGGACUGUGUGUGUUUGUGUUUCUCUACGUGAGUUUCUUAUUCUUUCAUUUCAUCGAUAGAUUUUCAUUACUUAGACCCACCGUGUUUUCUAACUGGUGCAUCUCAAUUAAUUAAGAUUAAGGCAUUGAAAAGUUAAGUUGUUUGAUAAGUGAUAUUCGUUUAGAUUCAUGACUCAUAAUAUUAGUAAAGCAUUUAUUUCUAUUGGUUUGAUAAUUAUAGCUUGAAUUAAACCUAAAAAUCUUCUCUUCUAGAAAAUCCCAUAUUGUCAAUGACUCUUUUCUUUCUUUAUGUUCACUGCAUGGAGGGAUACUUUCAGACUUGGGACUAUCCUUGCCACUUCAUCUUUUUCUAGCAGAGUUUUUCCUUCCACUUAACCUUCCAUAAACAGCUUUCUGUGAAGAGCCAUGUGUCCUACAUCUUUUAAGUUUCACUUUUUCUCUCUGUAACAAUCAAAAUUACUGAACUUUUAGAUAUUCUUCUUGAGAUGCACCAUUGUGUUCAGUUUUUAUUAUUAUUAUUAUUGUUUUUAUUGUCAGAACAUUUCAGCUCUUUCACUCUUUAACAACUCAAGCCACUAAAAACCUUGUUAGAAUUGCUGUGCUGCCCUCUAGCUUUAAAACUAAUGCACUGCAGCGGACUGGCUCAACAUUUCUUUUAACGGUUCAAAUAAGAAAAAAAAGCCUCAUCAUGCAGCAUCAAGGUCCUGAGAAAGACAUCAGGUCAAACUGUAAAACUUGUGUCUGUUGUAAGCAUGAAUGCAUGAGAAUGCACGAGUCCACAGAGGUUUGUUUUGAGAAUUAUGGGAGCUUUUGAUGGUAAUGGCACAAGGGAGAACAGGGGCAUGGAGAUUUAGAUUGAAUCAGAUUUCAGGUAGUUAUUAGCUCCUAUUUUCCAUAUGGACUGAAGUUGGUCUAUUUUAUUAUCAAGCAGCAUCAAACUAGUUCCGUUUUAUUCAGUUCAGUACGGUUGAGUUCAACCGUUUCUGCUAGUUGUCUCCUAAUUCAGUCUACCUCAGUUCAUCCAGUGAAACAGCCAGCAGGGUGACUGGUUCCCACACCACCGCAGGGAUCCCCCAGAGGGUUCGCUUUCCCUUUAACUGAGGUUUUAAAUCCACAGACCGACUGCUUUGGAGGAACCCCCUGUGUCCAUUCAGCCGGAUAUGCAGACGGUUCCUUAAAGAUUGUAAACAUUGCACUCUGUAACCGCGAUGGGAGCGUGUUUUUUGAUUCCUGUGUUCUCCUAAAUACAACUAAAACAGUUUUUUCUUGUUUGUGCAAUAUAUGUUCUCCUUGUAUAAAGUGGGAAAUAAGGGGGAAGCUCUGCUGUUGAUGUUAAAGUCAGCCUGGUAAUAAUAAUUUAAAACGUUUUGUGUGACCACUUUCUAAUCGGUAAAAUCACUUGAGUCUUUUUUUUUUCUGUGAGCAUUUAUUUUCAUAGGUAAUAUUUCUACUUAAAGAGAUUAUACAUGAAUGUACUUUGCUUUUUUUUUUUUUUUAGUUUUUUUCCACCUCUUUAACUCGUGCCUGAUUUAUUGAAUAAUCCUAGAACCCAAUCAUAUUUACAUCCUGUCUGUCUGUUUAACCUGAUAUUCUGACUCCAGGUGCUUAUUUUGUUUUAUCUGAGGAAAUAACCUGAAAACUGAUGAACUACUACAAAGACACUUUCAAUAAAGACUUUUUGCUUUA